AUGCGUGAGAUUCUCCACAUCCAGGGAGGACAAUGCGGGAACCAAAUCGGAGCCAAGUUUUGGGAGGUUGUGUGCGCGGAGCACGGGAUCGACUCCACCGGAAGGUACCAAGGGAACACUGAAAUGCAACUCGAGCGAGUUAACGUGUACUACAAUGAAGCGAGCUGUGGAAGAUUCGUACCUCGAGCCGUGCUCAUGGAUCUGGAGCCAGGCACCAUGGACAGUGUCAGAUCUGGUCCGUAUGGACAGAUUUUCCGGCCGGAUAAUUUUGUUUUUGGACAGUCCGGUGCCGGAAAUAACUGGGCGAAAGGUCACUAUACCGAGGGAGCUGAGUUGAUUGACUCGGUCCUUGAUGUUGUGAGGAAGGAGGCAGAGAAUUGUGAUUGCCUUCAAGGGUUUCAGGUUUGCCACUCCCUUGGUGGUGGAACUGGUUCUGGAAUGGGUACACUUUUGAUUUCCAAGAUCAGAGAAGAAUACCCUGAUCGAAUGAUGCUUACUUUCUCCGUAUUCCCAUCUCCUAAGGUAUCUGAUACAGUUGUUGAACCUUACAAUGCCACACUCUCUGUCCACCAACUUGUUGAGAACGCAGAUGAAUGUAUGGUUUUGGACAAUGAAGCUCUCUAUGACAUUUGUUUCCGCACCCUUAAACUCACCACUCCAAGCUUUGGAGAUCUGAACCAUCUAAUUUCAGCAACAAUGAGUGGUGUUACAUGUUGUCUUCGAUUCCCUGGUCAAUUGAACUCAGAUCUUCGCAAACUGGCAGUGAAUCUAAUUCCUUUCCCUCGUUUGCAUUUCUUUAUGGUGGGUUUUGCCCCACUCACUUCUCGUGGCUCACAGCAGUACAGGGCUCUCACUGUACCUGAGCUGACCCAACAGAUGUGGGAUUCCAAGAACAUGAUGUGUGCUGCUGAUCCUCGCCAUGGGCGUUACUUGACAGCAUCUGCCAUGUUCCGUGGUAAGAUGAGCACCAAGGAGGUUGAUGAGCAGAUGAUCAAUGUUCAGAACAAGAAUUCAUCGUAUUUUGUUGAAUGGAUUCCCAACAAUGUAAAAUCAACCGUCUGUGAUAUCCCUCCAACAGGUCUUAAAAUGGCAUCUACGUUCAUUGGCAACUCAACAUCUAUUCAAGAGAUGUUUAGGAGGGUGAGUGAGCAAUUCACGGCUAUGUUCCGAAGAAAAGCUUUCUUGCAUUGGUACACUGGAGAGGGUAUGGAUGAGAUGGAGUUCACUGAAGCUGAGAGUAACAUGAAUGACCUUGUUUCCGAGUACCAGCAGUACCAAGAUGCUACUGCGGACGAAGAGGAUGGUUAUGAAUAUGAAGAGGAAGUUCAGGAGGAGGAGGAGUAG